AUGGAGGGCGAGCCCAAGUGCAUUCCCCAGGGCGGCGCGGGGGAGGAAGACAAACAUGGAAAGAGGCUCGUCACUCAGAACUGCGGAGUUCACAUGAACAAAAUGAAAAACGCAGGAGUCGUGUGCAACAGAAUAACGGAGCUAAAUAUCAACUCGAGAAAACAAAUCUCCAUCACAAAGAGCGACAGCUCACAAAUGAAAGAUAUCCUAUCUCAUGGAGAAGACAAAACGAUGGGAGUUCACCCGGCCAAGCGACCACUCACGUCUUACUCCACCUAUGAGAACCAGAGAAAGUAUUUCGAAACAAAGUUAGUCCCAGACAUGCAAGGAAAAAUGAGCAUAUGCGUAGGGAGAAAAAGUGGAAGUGCUACCGUCAAUAUCGAUAUUGAUGAAUAUGACCUCGGAAAAACGUACAACACAUGGAAAAGGAUUUUUGAUAAAUCUUCCCUCCAGAAUAAAUCCAAUUUAGUAAAUAACCUUUUUCUGACGGUAAAUGAGGAGGCUGAUAGGAGUGACAAGCUUCCUGUGGUUAAGAAUCGAAACGCUCCCUAUGCCAAUCCUGAUGGUCCAUUCGAGAAGGAACGAUUGAAUUUGCCUAAGCAGGCAAGAGACAAUCUUGACAGGACCCUGACUCCGCUUCACUGCGCAGAUAGAAACUCUCUUUUUACGAAGAAGACUUUCCAUAGGUAUGGGGAUUCCUUUCGGCUGAUGCGUCCCCACGGGGAGCCUCCUCUCGACGAGGUCAAGGGCGUCAGGAGGACUCGCUUCCCCUGGGCACACUCCAACCGCCUCAAGCAGAUUCUCAGCUACAGCUACGCGGUGGGGGGUGACGUAGCGGGCGGCGAUGUGAUGAACGGUGAUGAGAUCAGCGGCGAUGUGAUGAGCGGUGAGAAGACUAGCGACGAUGCGAUCAGCGGUGAUGCUACCAGCGGCGAUGCCGCUAAUCACGCUAAUAAUGCACACCUCGAUAGUGCCUCCCCCAUUGCGCCCCCCCACUUCGGAUCGCACCACGUGAACUACGACAGGGUAUACGCAGGGGAGGGGAGGUGCUCCUCCCAGUGCCACACCCCAAAUGAUGCAUCGAGGAGCAUGUUCCAGGAGCAGGGUACCUGCUAUAGAGCCCCCUCGCUCACAGAAAUUGAGUGA